AUGUUCGAGCGUCGCGCCGGCGAACGAUACCGCCUGCGGCUCCACCGCGCCCGCUCCGUCAUUCUCACGGAGCAGGAGAUGAUCGAAGUCCGCGCUGCCCAGCGUACCUUUGAGGGAGCAUACAUCCGCACCUCUCUCUCGCAGUUCUCCUUUGCACUGGUCGUGCUCAAGAUCUUCACCACCGAGUUCUACAGUAUCGGCGCGCUGUUUGCCGUCUAUGGAGCGGCGGUGAUGGUCGUCGGGCUGUUCCGGCGCCAGCAGGGGAACAAGUCGUUCUUCCAGGAAGUCGAUGAGGAUGGCGUGAAUCGGAAGAAGUUCAGGACGAGCGGGAAUGUGGUGGUGGUGUUGACGGCGUUGAGCGUUGCGGCAUACGCGUGCUUGAUGGCGUUGACGUUGACGCUGAAGAUUUGA